AACAAUAUGUAGUGUCAGUUAAUACAUUACAGAACUUCUGUUAAAAUUAUGGACCGUUUAAAAAUUGUUUUAAUAGUAUUUGUGGCGUUGGUAUCGAAGGACGGUGCCCUUUCGUGUUCAUUGCAAAGUCAUAAGUCUCUAUGUUCCUCAACGAAAACUAAUAAAAUUUCAACUCCACACUACUCUUCAGCUCCAAGGCCACUCAAUACAAUACCUUCACGUUGUGAUUCAUCAACUUCUUCGAGCUCUUGUUCACCAAAUGCUGUACCAAAUCCCCCAAAUGAUUUAACUCCGCCUUCGGAACCAAAUUCUUCUUCAGGAACAUCUUUGCCAAUUCCAGCUUCAACUGUAAAGCCAAAAUUAAUGGAAUUUUCUAGUUACAGCAAAACACUUUUGAAUAUUAUAGCUAAAUUAUUAUCUUCUUCAGAAGGUACCAGACCAACUGCAUCUCAAAUACCUCCUAUACCUACGUUGAAUCCAGAGCAAGUUCUAGCUCUAGAUACUAAACCAUGUACUAUUCCUCGUAUCUGUAAUUCAUUAUCUAGUUCAAGUCCAAUAAGUUCUGGUUUAUCAAAUGCUCUACCAAGACAGCCAUGUGUUUUAGGUUCACCUUCUACUGUAGCACAAGUGCCAAGUCUACCAGUUUCUAAACCAGCACCAUCAAUUUCACCUACCAAUUCAUUUCAAACUUCUAGUGUUCGUUCAGAUUUAUUAGAUUUUUUCUUUCAACUGCUAAAAAGUGUUUUUGGAACUAAACUUUCAUCGACUUCUAAGAUAAAACCUUCGUCACUGCCAUGCCCAAUCUUUAAGCAAACAUUAAACAAUAAUGUUGAAAUGUUUACACCUUCAAAAUCAGUUACUACGACUUUUAAUUGUACAUCAUCAUUCGGCUCAAGUACUUCAUCAAAUGGUAUGCCACUUAUUUCAAAUUUACCUCCUAAGAUAACAAUUCCAGAACUAAUUCCUGAAGAAUUCCCUGUACAACUACCAAAAUCAAAUCCAACAUCAUCUCAAGCACCAGUUUCAAUAUUAGUGCCAAUAUCUGCUCCAACAUCUACUAUAUCUAUUGUUUCUGGUCAAAAUAAUUCAGCCAUUAUAAAUCUUUUAAUUAAAUGUUUAUUGUCCAAUCGAGCACCUACAGGUGAACCUGUUUCUUUAACAUCAAAUAGUUCAUCACCAUGUUCACUCUUUACAUCUACAAUAAACAAAACACGGAUAACCCCGUUAAAACCACAAACUGCACCUGUUACCUGUGCUAAGACAUUUGGUUCUAAUUCUUGUUCGUCGAGUGUUUCGAUUUUAUCUCCUAAUUUAACCUUAGAUUCUCCACCUUUAUCAGCACCUUUGACUUCAACUUCAGGUAUACCUUAUGGUUAUAAUCCAAAUUUUAUAAAAAUUUUAAUUAAUCACUUAUUAUCUGCUCAUCCAACGUCCUUACCUGCGUCCUUAAAUACAUCAUUUCCCAUUUUUGAUACUAAAUUUAAUACUACUUCGAUGUUUCCUUCUAAACCAAAUACAUUUCCAACGUCUACUUCCAAAGGACCAUUACAUGAAUUAAACAAUAACUUAUUGGGUGCAUUAUUGAAUAAAUCGUAUGAUUUAGCUACAAAAUCAACUUCAUCUUCAACACCUGUCUCUAUCACAAAUCCAGAUGCAUCUAAUAGUGACAAUUCUGUUCACACAAAUCCUUUGUGUAAGGUUUUGUCACAAACUUCGAUUACUUUAAAAGCACCUCCUUGUUUAAAAUCAUUAAAUUUACAUCCUCCAAAACCUACAUUAAAUAUUCCUGUAUUAUCUCUCAAUUCCACGCCAUUGACAACAAAUACACUAUUGAAUAAAUCAUAUGAUUUAUCACCUAAAUCAACUCCAUCUUCAACACCUGUUCCAAUCACAAAUUCAAAUAUAUCUACUAGUGACAAUUCUGUUCAGACAAAUCCCUUGUGUAAGGUUUUGUCACCACCUUUAAUUCCUUUAAAAACAUCUCCUUGUUUACCACCAUUAAGUUUACAUCCUCCAAUACCAACAUUAAAUAUUUCUGUAUUAUCUAUAAAUUCCAAGUCAUUGCCAACACGUGUUCUUUGUACAUCACCUUUACCACCUACAGUACCAGUUCCCAAUACACCAUCUCUUACUGAACCAAAACCAUUUCCGGAACAAAAUGAAAAUUUAAAUGUUGACAUAGUUUUGAAACCGACUUUAAGGCCUCACUUAUGCCAUUUGAAACAUUCACGACUAUUACAUCCUAUAUCCACAUCAUCUGGUAUCACACCUCACAUUAAGCAUAUUUUACGGCCGCUUACAUCAUCUUCAACUUUACCAUGUUCUAAAACCUCUAGAUUAGUUUCUGGUUGCAAACAUUUAUCAUUAGUAUAAUAAAUAUGUUUGAGCAUUAAA